AUGAAGAAGAUCUUCUGCUUCGGGGGAGACAAGGGUGGGCCGCCCUCCGGCCCCUGCACCAGCCACGGCAAGACCAGGGUGGCCCCGGAAGGCGAGGCUGGUGACAGCGCCUUUCUACAGCCAUGGUACCACAUCCGGGAAAAAGAUCUUGGCAAAAUUCAGCAAGCUGCCAUGGCUGGUGACGUAGCGAAAGUGGAGCGGAUCCUUUCGCUGAAGACAGAGGCCUUGGAUGGCAGAGACAGAAAGAAGAGGACUGCUCUCCAUUUGGUCUGUGCCUGUGGCCAUCCAGAAGUAGUUACUAUCCUGGUGGACAGAAAAUGCCAGCUUAAUGUCCCCGACAGUGAAGAGAGGACAGCUCUGAUUAAGGCAGUACAAUGCCAGGAAGAGGAGUGUGCCACCAUCCUGUUAGAACAUUGUGCGGAUCCAAAUCACAGUGACACCUAUGGCAACACAGCUCUUCACUAUGCUGUCUAUCAUGAGAACACAUCGAUGACAGAAAAACUCCUCUCACAUGGUGCAAAUAUAGAAGCAAUAAACAAGAAUAUUGAUGUUAGAACAGCCCUCGCACUUGCUGCACAUUGUAAAUCACCAAAUAUAGUCACUCUUCUUCUUGAGCAAGAUACUGAUGUUUUUUCUGAAGAUACCUUUGGAUGUACUGCAAAAGAUUAUCCCACUGCUAGUGGUUUAAAUAU